CAGUGAAGGAGAUUGGGUCAAAAGGUUGAGGCAUCUUAGAUACCACACACCCACAACACCUAUUACUAGCCUAUCAGAAAUGACUUCAGUCUGAAAGAGCGGUUUCUAUCCGCAUUCAAGGUGAAAGCGACUUUUGAACAGACAAGCCUAUCACGUGAACCAACGCAUGAAAACCAAGAACAUUCGACGAACAGACCUCUAAAUGAGUUCGUUUCGUAAGUUUCUUAAGGUUAUUACAAACCUACUUUAGGUCAUACUUCGUGUCAGGUAUUUCACAAUACCUCCAGUCUGAACCAGACAGAUAAUACAACAAACAUGGAUGACCAAAGCCAGGAGUUUUGUGGUCUAACAGCCCGCCUUCACUUUGAAUACGAAUAUACAGUUCCGCCGUGGAAACUAGACCAAUUCGAGAUUCCAUCGGGGAAUGAUGUCUUGGAAUCUCACGGGAGGAGAAAAGGAAGGAGAAGAGAUAAGAGCGCAAACAAAGCGAAGAAAGCAGACAAGGAAGGAACAGCUAAAGGACACAAAAUGUUGCCAACCAGUCAUUUGCAUAGAAACAGAUACAGAAACUAAGAAAAUACUAUGUGAAUCUAAUCUAUUCAUCGCAACAGCAAUCACUGAACGAUAACAUCAGUGAUCAAUGUGGUCACAUUUUCUGUUCAGAAGUUUGCCGAUGAAGGAUACUUUGCUUUGAUCGAUACGAAGUUUUGGAAGCAGGGUCGGAACAGGGGAACCCGGCGGGGAUGUUUCCCUACUGUUCUCCUACUUAACAUAAGCCACGUGACUGUAAUGAUACCAGGUUACAGAGCGCUGGUUGUACCGACGAACAAGGGAGUUGUUUAGGGCACAAUUUUUUUAACACUCAAAGCAAAAACAUAGUGCAACAAAUACAGCGGAGACAGAUCCAAUCGAACGAUGAACCGGGCUGAGAAGCAAGCCAGUGCUAAAGCAGACGCGUAUAAGGUGGGUAACAAAAAUGAAAAGCUCACACUCAUCUUGGAUGUGAAUAACAGGAGCUACAAUCCCAUGAAAAAUUAUUAGUACACUUCAGAUUUUCUCCAAGCAAAAGCGAUUUUUAACUUCGUGGGCGUGAGAAGGGAGAAACCUAGCCAGUACUACCUGUUGUAGCAUACGUUACGCAGCCAAAUCUAUCGCCUAGCUCAUGAGAGGUUGUACGGUUAUAACAUGUACGUGGUUUAACUUUUAACUAUAUCAUAUUUUCUCUUCGUUUGCAAAGGCAAUGCUUGAAGUCCAACAAUCAAUCACUGACUUCCUCGAGCGAUAUUUGAAUUAUCAAGGUCGUAAUGAACUUCCAGAAGAAAGACGGUAAUAAAUAAUUCUGUAUUUUGAUAAAAGCGAUUUUCCAUUGAAUCAAAGUGUGCUAAUACUACGUAGAAAUGUUAACAAAAAAUAUGCAGUCUUAGCAAGUGUCAGGGUUAAACUACAGCCUAUCUCUUUCAGAAGUAUCAUCCUAUUUUAUUUAAGUGCACCUUUGCUUGUUUACACGAUCAUGUAUCUCAAACUUAUACUUUAAACACAGAUGUUAUUUUCUGUUAAAAAAGUUUUGACUUAAACAACUUUUUGUCUGUCUACAUAGCAUUACACAAAAUGUACCUCUGGACUGGUUGGACAGGGUAAGCAUUUUAGAUAUUUUGUAUGAGGCACAAAAUAAAAUAAAUAAUUUAAGUAACGGUUAAUUUAUUUAGCGGAUAGUGUUAAUUGGGAACACAAUAACUGAGCAGAAAAGCAAAACAAUUAAGACUGAAAUUCAAUUUCAAGGGGCUAAACUGUUAGAACUUUCUUUCAUCCCUUCUGUUGAAAUUUACAAGUAAUCAUUCACGUCAAGUCUUCCCGCUAGAUUUGAUAAACAUCGAUACCUCUAAAAACUAGACUAUCGGAUUCUAGAUUCAAGACUCAGGCGUUGUUCACUUUUAGUAUAUUUUUAGUUACUGUAAUUUAGGCUAGUUUUAUAUAUAUACAACACUGUGCAAAAGAAAUGCAAACGAAAUUCGGUGCUUUUCGUUCUUUGUUCUCGCGACAAUUCGACGAAAUUUCGUCAAAGCGCUCGCGAAAUUUCGUCGAGUUGAACGAAAUUUCGCUGUCAUCUUGGCGAAAUUUCGCAUCCACUGAAGGGAAAUUUCGUUUUGCCGAAAUUUCGUCGGAGCGAAAAUUCGCAACUGCGAAAUUUCGCAAUAGCCAAAAUUCGCAGUGGCAAAAUUUCGCUAGCGCGAAAAUUGGCAGCUGCGAAAUUUUUCUGGCAGUGGAGGAGGGUUGUAAUGAAAACAUUUUGUUCGGACCGCUUUAAACCAUUAGUUCGAGUAAUUUUUUCAGUUUAGACUUCAGUCGCACGAGUGGCUUUGGAGGUGACCGUUUUCAUGUAAGUCAAAAGCAAAGUUGAUUUUUCAUUCGGCGGGAUAUUUUAUUUGGGUCUAAAAGAUAAAAUAUUAACCUGUUUUCAGUUAUUAUCGCUCAAUACCCUAAACCAUUAGUUCGAAUAACCAAUAAAUUAAUCCUCAUAGAAAGGCUAAUUGGUUUCACUAUACAUCAGUCUUGUUUACCGUUUUUGCACUUUUGACUUUAGUCACACGCGCAGCUUUUUAAGGUGAGACUUUGAUAAGCCGGGCAUUCCAUUUGGCUCUCAAAGACACAGUUUUGACCCUUUUUCAGCUAUUUUCGUCUUAGUACACUAAAACAUUAGUCCGAAUAACCAAUAAACUUAUCCUCACAGAAAGGCUAAUUGAUUGCACUAUCUGGUUUACGGUGAUCGCACAGUAGUGUACUAUGUUGAAAUUUAACUUAGUCAGAGCAUCUGCGCGCGUGAAAGUAUUUGUUGCAAAUGUCUUUUUGGGUCUUAAAACUGAUCGCAUAGCUUAGUGCAUUUGCCACGCGUAGUCAUCGAUAAAGGAAGAUAAAUAGUUUACAUGUACAGUAAUUAAACAACGCCACACAAGAUACACUGUAGUUUGACGAUUUUCGUUUAUCACGGUACAGAAGCGGCGCGGGCGAACCGAAUUAAAAUAAGACAGAAAUCUGAAACAAGAAUGUUUUGCUCUUUAUUUAUUCUGCAUUAAGCUUUAUUAGAAAGUGUAUCAGUAUGCAAUAGAUAACUUCAAGCUAAUUACAGAAAUACAUGUAUUAGCUAGCGAGACAUUUAAAACAAAAUUAUGUUGAGAAAGAAGUAAAAAAAAGUUACGAGUCAAAAAGCACCGUUCUGCCUCAAAACCUCUCCACAAUUAUUGUAGCAUUCGUUGCGAUAUUUCUUUUUUCAAUAAUGAUCACGCUUACAUGUACAGCUGUACCUGUACUUUUGCUGGAGGUGAUGAUUACAGUUCUGUAGUCAGCUACAAAUUCUUGAAAGAAGAAAUUUCGUUUCGUGGAAGCGAAAUUUUCUCUCGUCCAAACGAUAUUUCGUUUCGCCGAAACGAAAUUUCGCUUCGUCGAAGCGAAACUUCGUUCUAAUGACAUAAAAUUUCGUCUAACGGGCACGAAAUUUCGCAACGAAAUUUCGCUUCAUGCCACGAAAUUUCGUUUCGAUUAAUCACUUUGCUUGCGGAAUUUCGCCGACAUCAAAACAAUAGAAGCACCGAAAUUUCGCCGCUUUUUCGUCUGAAGCGAAAGUUCGCAAUAUGAUUGCCGACAUUCGCGUUAUUUCGCUUAUUUCGGCAAAUUUCGUUUGCAUUUCUUUUGCACAGUACUGUAUAUAUAUUUCUAAUUUUUUUUUUUUCAGGGCCAUCAUUGAUAGCAGCAUUUUAUGCUGAAUAGAUAGCCCUGGCUAAAUAACAUUUAUUAUUUAUUAUUAAAUUUACUGUAUUAAGCGCAAUCCUUGUAUAUACUACACUGCAGUAUAUUUUAGUUUUAGAUCACCGCUGAAAAUGUCCUCAUAACGAUUGACUCUUUGAAUAAAUUUCCAGGAACCUUCAAGACAGGAAAACCUCGACAGUGUUUUAUUAAUAAAGAGGCAAAUAGAAGUAUCACUUCCAGUACGUAUGUAAACAUUAUUUACGAGAAAUAAAUGUUCAUUUAUUUCAUUAGUGGAGAACUCCCAGCACAAAUCACUGAUUUCUAAAAGAGAAGACAGUGAAAAAUUGGUGGGCCACACCACAUGCAUAUCAUGUGAAAUCAUCUCAUCAACUCUAGAUAUGAAAACUGCUACUACCAUUGUCAUAGCAGACUCUGUUACUGACAGCAGAAGCUAGAAAUUAAAAUGUUGCAUCUACAAAGGCAGCUCCAAGGAAUUAAUUUUUGAUUUUAUCAUAGAAAGAACCUCUGUUAAAAGACGUUUUGGGACCACUUUGGAAAUACUUCCUGUUCAAUCCCAGAGAGCAAGAGGCUUCACUUACAAGGUAGAUGUAUAUUAGUAAUAAACUUGCAACACUCUCGAUUAAUUCAAAUUUUCCACAACAAUUUGUACACUUACUCAACAAAAAAUUGCUUGAUCCUUUACUUAAUCAUUACUACCACAAUCCUGUGUUUGUUAAGCUUCCUAAAACAAAGUAACAGUUUUGUAGUACAGCAUCAUGUAACUUUUCAACCCCACCAAAUAGUAUUUCCCCAAUUGCAUGCUAUCUGGUUGGAAAAUGAGGUAAACUGAGAUGCAAAUUCUUUUUCACAGCCAUUACCAUGACCAAGAGUGGCAAGAAGAUACUUUGGUACGUUAUACAAGUCACAAAAUUUGUAUCAAAAUAGUAAAUAAUGCACGAUACGUAAAUGAACUAUUAGUGCAUCAUGCCUUGAACCUUGACACCAACGCUGACAACACUUGCAGAUAGAAUGCUGAAUUAUCUUGAAACAGCAAAAAUCUUAUUGAACUAUAGGUGUGUAAAUGGAAGGAAUGUAACUGAACUCGCGGGAAACCAGCAUCUCAUUGAAGGCGUGGUAGUUAUUAACCAUUUACACCGCUUAAACUUGGUUAUAAGCUGAUAGUUAUUUUCAACUGUCUUAGGUGUAGUUUACAAAAAAAUGGAACCUUAAAGUAGUUCAAAUUAUUUUUUAUAUAACAAGUAUUUUCAAUUGGUGCAAAUUUAAAACCAUAACAAUGACAACAAAUGAAAAUCAUAGAGGAAACACGAUAUUAGAUCAUGACUGCCUUUGCAGGUGCAAGUAGGUGGUAACUUGACAUGAAAUGGUUUUUUUCUUUUUAUAGAGUUCUAGAAGCAUAGUAGAAGACUGCAAGAGUGUUGUCCAUAUCCUUCAGCAAAAAACGAGAUUAUUGGAAAUCAGUGAGGUUAGGACAUUGCUGAACUUGAUUAAAUGUGUAAAUUGAAAAGCGGCCGUUUUCCGAUGAGAAAAGCCACAUUUCUCUGGUUCAAAUAAUGUUGCAAAUGUAACUUUACAAUUUAAUACAAUGACAAAUUUCGUAGCUUGAGCUUGGUCAGUUUCAACCUUCUUAGAUUACAAAGCUACAGGUACUAUUAUACGUAGCUUUCUGUAAUCAUGUGGAGCAUGUUUAAAAAAAAAAGGAAAUUGUAAAUCUGGUACUGCUAUGUAGACAAAGUGUCUAUCUACAAUUGGGCCUAAACAUGAAUUAUCGAGGGGCGUUUUGCAGAAUAAUGGUUUUUUUGAGCAAGAAUUUGCUUUUCUCUCACUCUCUCUCUCCUUCCCCCUCUCCCUCGCCCCCCGCUUCAUCCCUCUUUUUCACUCUUGUUCCAACUUUCUUGACAACGUUGCGUAGAAACGCUUGCUACGUAAGCUACCACAUUAUACGUACUACUACACAAUACUCUACCACCUCAACCAAAUUCAUUAACUCUGACUAUCACCACUACUUACUUCAUUUCUCUUCAAUUUACUUAACUUUUUAAGAUGGUGUCUAAAGUGCAUUUUCACUUUUCGAAUAGUCAAAAAGAGAAGUCAAGUAAGCCUACAUGUAACCAUUUAAUUUCAAACGAAUGCAUUAGUACUUCAAGCAACACAACAAUACUUUGGCACAAGCUGUCCUUUUAUAAUAAUUAAAAUAAUUCAAGUACUAUCUAUACCGCUAUUUACACAAAAAAAACGGAUCACCAGCACUUUACAAUAAUUCACCUAAACUUUCUUUAAAAAAUAUAUAACAUAGAUAUACAAUCUAAAAUGUUAAAUGUAAAAUACAUUUGAAUAAGAAGAAAUUAAACCAAAUUAGCUUAAUAAAGGGGCCUAAAUGAAAGCAAACUUCUAGUCUAACCUGACUAGCACAGACAUAUCGAGGAGUGUUAUAUAACAGAUGGUAUCUCUCAUUAUUACAAAUUAAAAUUGGUUUAUAUACUUUUUGAUCUACAGAACAUUGGCAGCCCUGAAGACUUAAGUCAACCUCUCAAAAGGAUACUGAAUUAUUUAAAGAACAGAUCAAUUAAGCCAAGAAAAUCAGAGGCUUCAACCAGGUAA